GUCCCUCUGUGGGGUUGAUCGUGGUAUUUGAAGCUGUUGCUAGCUUUAUUCUAGCAAUUUACUCAACUUCUUUGAAUGCAAUGCCAUACUCCGUGCUUACGAAACACAGGCAAAUCGAUGCUUUGUGCGCAGAGCACGGGGACUCUCUAAAAAAAUAACAGUUUGCAUGCACGUCUGUUGGUGUGCGAUGGGACUGUGUGGUCGGAAGACAUACUGUAAGAUCCCUGCAUGUGUACCGGAAGUUCCCUGUACGGGCUCCGGGCGUAUUAUUUCCUGUUUACAGGCGGGAAGAGUGAACCUUUUACUGCACUUUUGCCUUUGAAUAUUUUUGUGUCUGCACGCUGGGGAUUUGUUAAAACAAAUUUUCUUUCCCCCUCCUUUUCCCGGCGGUUAGAAGAUGGCGGCGUUGGCGGAGGCGGGGGAGCCGGACCGGGACCAGGAGCAAGACCAAGAGCAGAACCGGGAUGGAUCGGCGGCUGGCGCUGCAACAACACCCGGCAACGCAGCAGCGGCAACCCGGGCCGUGCUGGAAGUGGCAAUCCCGGGCUCCCGACCUCUGGAACUGCUGCAGUGGAGUGUGAAGGUGGGAUGGCCGGUGCAGAUCGGCACGGUGCUGGCUCACUGCCAGCCCGUGGAUCAAGAGAGCGACGCCGAACGCGAAAGGCCCCGGUCUCGGCCCCAGGAAAAGCGGGUGAAAUCGGACCGGGCCGGGGUGGUCAAGGAGCUGUGCUGGCAACCGGGCCAAGUCGUGCCCAGCGGAAGCGUACUGGUUCGGCUUGAAGGAUGCAGUCACCCUAUUGUUAUGAAAGGCCUCUGUGCAGCCUGUGGUCAAGACUUGACGCAAUUGCAGAAGAAGAAUGGGAAGCAAAUGGUGCCCCUAUCCACAGCCACAGUUUCUAUGAUUCACAGUGUUCCAGAGCUGAUGGUCAGCUCUGAACAAGCUGAACAGUUGGGUCGAGAGGAUCAACAGUGGUUACACAAAAAUCGGAAAUUAGUUUUGAUGGUGGAUCUGGAUCAGACUUUAAUCCAUACAACGGAGCAGUUGUGCCAAAAGAUGUCCAAUAAGGGAAUAUUCCAUUUCCAACUGGGGCGGGGAGAGCCAAUGCUACACACUCGACUACGACCUCACUGUAAAGAGUUUCUGGAAAAAAUAGCAAAACUGUACGAGUUGCACGUGUUCACCUUUGGCAGUAGGCUCUACGCGCACACAAUUGCAGGAUUUCUGGAUCCGGAAAAGAAACUUUUCUCACAUCGGAUUUUAUCAAGGGAUGAAUGUAUUGAUCCAUAUUCUAAAACUGGAAAUCUACGAAACCUCUUUCCAUGUGGUGACUCAAUGGUAUGCAUCAUUGAUGAUCGUGAAGAUGUUUGGAAGUUUGCACCAAAUCUAAUAGCAGUGAAAAAAUACACCUACUUUCAAGGGACUGGGGAUAUCAAUGCCCCACCAGGACCAAGGGAUGCUCAGACAAAAAAGAGGGUAAACCAUUCCACAAAGCCUGCAGAGAGCUCGGAACAUUUGGCUUCUGUUUCUAUGGACACUGCCAGCACGAGUGACAGGGCCAGUGCAGAGUCCGAGGCAACAGAGCAGAGUAAUGGUCUUGGGGAGUGUUUGAAGAAACAAAAUGGUAGCAGUGGUGUUGUAAACGAAGAACCUUCAAAAAGUGCUGAAUCCUUAAACUGUGGUCCUAGCAUCAGGGAUUCGUGUGACAAAGCAAACGAGAGGAAAUCUUUAUGCGAUGCCAGUGAUUCUUGCACCAAAACUGCUGAUGCUUCUGUGAAAGCAGACGAAUUGGAACACUCACUUGAGUGUGGUGUUAGGGUGGCAGAAAGUAACAUGGAGCAACGCAGCAAGGAAGCUGAGAGUCACUUAACUCAGGUUAGUAGCGAGCUUGAUUUUGAUUUGUCAAGUGACAGUGACAGCGACUCACAGGAGGGCAAGAGAGACUCCACGUCACCCUCGCCUACUUCAAGUUUAGACGCUGAGAAGGAGCAGAAGAGUUCGACUGAGCAGAAGUCCAGGAAACAAAGGAAAGGGGGUCCUGUGCCGAUCAAAGCGAAACUGAACCAUUCGGACAAGGAAAAGGCAGGCGAUCUACCGGGGUGCGAUUCGCAGGACAAAAACACUGAUCAAGGUCCUGAGGGGGAUGAUGAUCAGGACUCACUGGGUGAUGUUGGAAAUGGCUGCACCGAUAAGAAAGAGGCUGAAACCGAGUCUCAGAAUAGUGAACAGUCUGGAGUUACAAUGGGUGAGUCUCUGGACCAGAGCAUGGAUGUGGAAGAGGAGGACCAAGAUGAGGAUGACCACUUGAUGUACUUGGAAACAAUCCUGGUCCAUGUCCACACUGAGUAUUUUGCCCAGUACGACAAGUACCUUAAAAAGGAGAGACAAGUGCCUGACCUACGAAAGAUUGUUCCGGAACUGAAGAGCAAGGCACUUGAAGGCACGACGAUAAUAUUCAGUGGACUUUACCCCACAAACUACCCCAUAGAAAAGACAAGAGAGUGGUAUCAUGCUACUGCACUUGGAGCCAAGGUUAAAAAAAGCUUAUGUUUAAAUCCCAAAGACCCCAACAGGACAACUCACUUAAUUGCAGCUCGACCUGGAACAGAAAAGGUUCGACAAGCACAAGCAUGUAAACAUCUCCAUGUAGUCAAUCCAGACUGGUUAUGGAGCUCUCUAGAACGAUGGGAAAGGGUUGAUGAAAAGUUGUUCCCAUUGAAAGAAGACUACAUCAAAACUCAAAGAAGCAACAGUCCUGCCAGUUUCCCUGAAGUUCAAGGUGAUUUCCAAACGCCAUUGUUUCAUCCAACUCCCAUUCAUCCGAAGCCUCAGCCAGGACUAGAAGUCCGCACUUACGAUCCCAACACAGGAAAGCUCAUCCGAAAAGAUUCUCAGGGAAACAGACAAUCAGUGUGUAUCCAGCCUCCAGCUCCACCAGUUACGUUAUCCGUUCAUGGAGAACAGUCAUCAUUCAGAGUUGUGCAGCCUCACCAGCAUCAGGUGAUAGAUGAAGAUGAACUGCCUAACUCCAGUCACAGUGAAGAGAAGCCUGGCCCAUCUCGAGCUGGGGCCAGGAAACGUCAGCCGAGCAUGUCUGAGACAAUGCCCCUCUACACGCUCUGUAAGGAGGAUUUGGAGAGCAUGGACAAAGAGGUGGACGACAUCUUGGGUGAAGAUAGUGAUAAUGAAAGUGAGAACGAGAAAGAAGAGAAGAUGGAGGAGCAGUGUGAACAACCAAAGGAGGAAGCACCGCAGCAAGAUCAGCAGACAGUACAAAGUGGCGAAAGUAAAAACCAGAAGCCUGAAAUAGAAACAAGACCUAAAUCAUCCUCAAGUGAAGAAAGCUUAACAGCCAGAGUUCCCAGGGGGCACAAGCGAAAGUUGGAAGAUGAUGGAGCUGGCAGCGAUUCCAGUAAGCUGUCCAGCAAUGAAGACGACAGCAGCUCGGAGGCUGACGAGAUGGCGGCAGCACUUGAAGCCGAGCUGAACGAUUUCAUCUGAAGCAAGUGUUUGAAAACCAUUUACUUAAUGUAACAGAUCUCAGACUUUUAACCGAAGACCCUGAAAUGUUGUAAAUUUAUUGCCAAUCUGUAGCAUCAUUAUGUCAGAAUCAAUAACCAGAUUUUCCGAUGAAACCUUGUGCGAGUAUUCUUUUACGAAGGGAACAAAAUUCCUGUAUUUUUUUUCCCCUCAUUUUAACUGUAAAGAAAAGGGGGGGUCUUCAGGAUGCGCUGGGUUACAGUUGGGAUGGGUAGGGGCGGGGCGUUUGGGGAGAGCAAAGGUAGGGGUGAGUGGGGUAGGAUAGGGCCAUAUCUGGAAUGUAGUAGUAUUACAGUAGAUUGGUGUGCCAAGCCAAAGAUUGGGGAUCAUCACCACAGUGAGGAACACUUGUUAACCACUGGAUGAGAGCAAAAACUUUGUGAUCUGUUAACAUCAAGUAAAUUCUUCAUCAAUUUUUUUUAAUGAAGGGGACAUUACUGAGAAUAUGACUGAUAAAGUUUUCUGGGAAGGGUGAGGCCUCGGAAUGCAGUGAUUUGAUUCAGUAAAUAGUUCUGUUGUUUCUCAUGGUUUUAAAGCAAGGUUGUGUUACAGACUAGUUGGGUUCUUCAGAAGAACAUUGUGUAGAUUUUUAAUUCUAAGCUUCUGUUCAACUUGGGAUCUUGGCACAGUGUGCUGUGCAAGCCUAAACUGCCAUAAUCCUUCUUUUCCUCCUCAUUCAUUUUCUCUUUCAUGCAGAAAAGUAAUGAUAGGAUUUCCUAGUUAAGGAUUUUAUUUUUCCUUGUUUGCAGGACUGAUGUAAAGUUUUUGUAUAUCCAAUUUCAUAUUUGACACACUGAAAAUUUCUUUCAUUAAAUAAAGAUUUAAAAAGUUAUUUUGUA